AUGGCCGGAGCAAUGGCUAGAAUUCCGGUGAUGCGCCGGAGCUCCGACGAUAUUUUGGAAUUUCCCGGCAGCGCUGCAAGUCUCGCCGACAUGGUUUUGGGUUUCAUCGAGCAAGUCGAGGUGUCGCCGGAGAAUAUUACCUCUGGCUCCGAUGAGGAUGAGGAGAAUUCUUUCACUGUGGAAGAGAACAAGGCAUUUUGGGAAGAACAAGACCAACUUCUCCAGGCAACAUUGUGCAAGAGCAGUGGCAUUGAGACCAAAAUUCGGCAGGCCACCAAGGAGGCGUUACGGGACAUAAACUCGUCGGCCGCAGAAUAUUGCGUGUGCUCAAAGCCUGUGUUUGGCGGUUGCCGGAGUUGUUUGCGCAACGAAUUAUGCAAUCGGCUCAUAGAUUUUGGGUACAAUUGUGUCAUUUGCAAGUCCAAAUGGAGAAGCUCAACAAGUACCCCAGCAGGAGAGCAUACUUAUUUGGAAGUGCUGGACACAAGUUCAAAGAGAGGGGAGAUUAGGGUGGUGAUUGAGCUGAAUUUCCGAGCUGAGUUUGAGAUGGCCAGAGCCAGCGAAAACUACAACAGAUUAAUCAGCUGGCUGCCCGAAGUGUUUGUCGGGAAAGCCGAAAGACUAAGAGCCUUGAUCAAGAUUCUGUGCUGCGCAGCCAAAAAAUGUAUGAAGGAGAAGAAAAUGCACUUGGGGCCAUGGAGGAAGCACAAGUACAUGCAAGCCAAGUGGUUCGGGACGUUCGAGAGGUCCACGCCAGGGUCCUUGCCGGUCAGAUUUGCAAACGGGCCGCCCAAGCCAAAGGCUUCCAUGCUGACCUUUGAUUUGCGGGAGGCCAUGCCUGGCUUGCAUUGCACUGCAGUUGAAGUUGUGUGA